UUUUGAAUGCAACAACUUUCAGAGUUUCGUGCAGCGAACAGCUAACCACAAGUACAACUUCCUGCGACUUGCACCUUCGUCGCCCACCUUCUGACCGCAUCCUCUCUGCGGACCUUAACCUUGCACUUUCAAUGAGAAUAAAACGCCCACUGGAAAGACGCCGGGCGCAAGGAACUCCCAAGGUUCAGGAACGCAAAGCCAACGGCCACCAGACAGCGACGCUGUGCCGCCUUUUAAAGACGGGCCGGCGGCUGGGGAGGCGGGGCCAGUAGCCGACGUCACUCGGUCCCGCCCACUCCACUCGCUCUGCCACAGUGGGUGUUCGGAUUCUGUCGGCUCGUCUCCGCAGGCUGAGAAGUUGCCGGCAGCAGGUUGAACAACCCAAACAUAAAAAAAUUAAAAAGAAUAAAAAGUAAAAUAAAGUAAAGCAUACAAUAAAAUAAAACAAACAACAACAGGAGCCAUCCUCCUUUAGCAUUAGGAAGAAGAAAUGAAGGCGCAAAGUUCUGUUGAGGAGAUGCAGAAAAUAUUUCAGGAGGCUCCAGAAGCCAGACGGGCACUGCUGGAAAACUACAGCAAUCUGCACAAGGUGGCCGAGUACUGCGAGAAGAACUACCUGCAGUCUGAUGACAAAAAGGCGGCCCUGGAGGAGACGAAGGCCUUCACUACUCAGUCUCUGGCCAGCGUGGCCUAUCAGAUCAGCACCCUGGCCAGUAAAGUGCUGACCCUGCUGGACGCCCAGGCGGCCGACAUGCGGCACAUCGAGUCGUCCGUCAAUCUGCUCUCCCAGUCGGUAGACAUGUACCAGGAGAAAGUUUACCGUCGAGAAAUCGGCAGCUUCACCGCCAUCAAAAGGCUGCCGCGCAGUCAGAAAAUCAUCCCGCCGACCACCCAGGAGGAAAGGGCCAAAUACACCCGCAAGGCCAUCACGUACUCGUCCUUGGACAACGUCGGCCACGGAGUCAAGGAAUCAGGAACGCAACUCGGAAGAACGGGUACCAUGAACAGAAAAGCAGUCAACAGGGACCCUCAGGGAACUUUGGGAAGAGGCACUCGACAACCGGAGCCCGUCCUGUGCCCCAUGGUUCCCUCUCUGACCAAGUGCAUCUCCAUCACCUCUCUCAGUGACCGCGCCAGCAGUUCCAGUUUUGGCAUCGCUGUGCCUCCUCCGGUGAUCCCUCCAACUUCAAGCAUGGCAGAUGUGGCGCCACCUCCGACUGAUGAAGUUUUGCCCCCUCCGCCACCUCCACCGGUAGACCCUGCGUCUGAACCUAUCUCAGAGGUGCCUGCUCCACCCCCUGCUCCGCCUCUGUUAACAGGCUUCUCAGGUCUUGAUGGACUUUCAUCACCUGACACUCCGGACUUCCUGCCUCCUCCUCCAUCGGCACUAUCUGCUUUGAUCCCCCCACCUACAGCUCCGCCCCCACCGCCGCCCCUGGAGGAUGAGCUUACUUCUGCCCGCUUGCCUCUGCUUUCUUCUAAAUUGUCAAGGGGUCAGCAGGGUCCUGACAGGCCACGUGAAAGACGUCACCCAGCGCACUCACAGCUGCCUCACCCUGUGGGUCAGAGUCUCUCAGUUUCCUCUUGGUGCACAUUGAUCAUUCCUCCCCCUCCCUCUUAUCCCCCCCCAGUAGCUCCCCCUGCCCCACAGAUUCCGCUCACUCGGUUGGCCACAUGGUUUCUCGAACGCAAGUCCGAUUUCACGGUCCCUCCACCGGAUGAGCUCUUUGAAUUCUAUUCCAUGGAUCCUCCUCUUCCACCCCCAGUGGACUACGACACAGAUGCCCCGGCCAAUUACCUGGAGAAAGUGGUGGCCCUCUACAGUUACACCGGCAGCAGGGAGGACGACCUCACAUUUCAGGAAGGAGAUGUGAUUUACGUCAUGAAGAAGAACCCUGACGGCUGGUACGAAGGCGUCCUCAACAAUGUGACGGGUUUCUUCCCUGGAAACUAUGUGCAGUUGGCGUGAUAAUUGAGGACACCUGGAGGUGGGAGACUUGAGGAACACAAAGCGCUGGACUCUCGUGUUAAUGUUCUUUAUGUUUUUUUGGUAACUUGUGUCCCAUUUCAUGUUAUGGCAGACACUGGAGAGGCCCACCCUGCCUAUGCAGGUGCGCAACCAGCACUUUGUCAAAUAUACAAGUGGUAGGGCACCCCCUUGGUGGCCACACUAUGCUAUGACGAAUUCAGGCUAACGUGCAGGUAAGAGCGUAGCUACCUUCAUGGGAAACAUAUGAAGAUGAGGGAAUACUUCAUAAAAAGUGAAGCGUAAGACGCGCACCUAAAUAUGUAAAAUUUAAAGGCAGAUGAGUGAAGUCGGCUGGUGGCUAGGAAUGCGACUUGCCCACCACUCUCCCCCGCUAAAAUGCACAGCUUUUGUCCAUUUCUAGUCUGUUGCUCUCCACUGUCUUCUGAGGCAUCAUCCUGCUCCACUGCCAACGUCAGUCUCUGUAUGUGUAUGUGUGUGUGCCUGCUCUGCCCAUUGGGGGCAACACUUACCCUCCAUCUGAUUAAUUUUUGAUGGGUUCCUUUGAACAUUAAUAGACAAAGCAUACGUCCAUUUGCGAGGUUAGAGGAUCACAUUUUGGAUUAGUCUUCACUUUAGGCUACCAAAACCCUACUGAAAUGGCGGGCUUUGGCCUGCACUGGCCUAAAAACGAGACUUAAGUUAUUCAAGUUAAAAAUGUCUACAAGGAAAGGAUAGCAGGGAAAACAAAAAGAAAACGUCAAAUUUCAUUUCAUUAUUAACCUCAUUAGUGUUACAUUUUUAAUAAUAAUACUAAUAAUAUGAACAGCACACUGCACAUAUGCCAGUGACGCAAGUGUCACUUUCGGAUUCUCAGAAUCCUGUUCGUUUUCAGUAACCAUUUCAAUUUCUCUGCCUGAAGAAAAAUUCACUUUGUCUACACUGUUGCCCGGGUAACGCUCAGGCCUGAUGCUUAUGUACGACAUGCCUAUACCGUUGCCCGGGUAACGCUCAGGUCUGUUGCUUAUGUACGACAUGCCUAUACCGUUGCCCGGGUAACGCUCAGGCCUGAUGCUUAUGUACGACAUGCCUAUACCGUUGCCCGGGUAACGCUCAGGUCUGUUGCUUAUGUACGACAUACCUAUACCGUUGCCCGGGUAACGCUCAGGUCUGAUGCUUAUGUACGACAUGCCUAUACCGUUGCCCGGGUAUCAGUUGGGCCUGUUGUUUAUGCAAGACACUCCUAUACUAUUACCCAAGAAACACAGGGCACUAAUGCUGCAGGCACUUUUACAGCCCAAGCAAACCUCGGGUCUUACGCGAGAGGUGUCUAUACUGAUGCCUGAGUGACACUCGGGACUAACACUUUUAGCUCUGUUUUUACAGCCCGAGUGGCACUCAGGCCUAAUGCUAAGGAUGUCAAGAACAUGUCUAAUGAAAAAUGAAGUGCAAAAAUUACUUUUGUCUAAAAAGGAAAAAGCCUCAAGGAAACAAAUCCAAUAAUCACCAAAUCACGGGUCAAAACCAGGAAUCCAAAAGAGACAAUCAUGAACAGGAAUCGGAAGGUCAAAAAAUGCAAUGGCGAAGCUGUUGAUGUCUGCUUGGCUUUGUCUUAAGUGCUACAUGAGCCUUACUAGGUGGCCCUGCCUCCUUAGGCUCCACAUACAGGAGGCAGGGCAGAUAAACAAAAACAAUGACGAUAUAAUUAACAUAAAACAGAAGAGCAAACUUAUUCAAUAGCAUCACAUCACUUAAAGCAUCAUCUUGCAUAAACUAAAGGACAAAACAAAAUGAACAUAAUCUGAAAAAUUACGAGGGGGGGGGGUGGGGGCUCAAACAUUCCUAGAAUUACUAAAACAAAAGCCUUUAUAAUAAAAGUAUCGCAGUUCCCUUUUAGUCGCCUUCCAGAUGGUCUCCUUGAGGUGUAGUAUGCUUGUCCCAGCUGUUCUCCUGUUCCUCUUAACAUUUCUGGUACUCUCACCAUGCCCAGAGUUUACUAUCUCACACUGGCCGCUUGCCUAUUUUUUUUUUAAUCAGAUAGUCCCGCCCUCUUGUGGACGCAGGAUGACAUUACACUCAGAUGUAUGCCACACUGUUUGCUGUCUCAUACUGGCAGCUUGCCUUUUUUUGCUUUGUCUAUCAGGGGAGGAGCAAAAGCUUUAAAUUCAUCAAAAAUUUCGAUCUCCUUUUUGAUGGAUCUUGAUGUUUUAGGGUCCCAUACUAAAAACAUUGAUAUCUUGAUGAUGAUUGUGUGUCAGUCUGUGUGUGUGUCUGUGUGUCACAGUUUAUCGAAAUUGGCCCAGAGCUAAAACGGCUGCACGGAAAAAUACCAAACUGGAAAGUUAAACCUGUUAUGAGACGAUGAUGGGCUUAUAAGUUUUUAAGCCAAAUCAUGCAAGAGAAAGAGGCCCUCUAGUGGAGCCGUCAAAUACCGUAAAUCAGCAAUUAAUUCUGAAUUUGUCAAUUUCUAUCAUAAUGACCUACUUUAUGAUCAGAAAGAUCAGCAUCAGAGCGGUCAAUAAUUACUGAAAUGUUAGCGAAUAAUUCAGGUGACUUUGUUCCUACUGAUGCUCACGUCCAAAUUUUUAUUUUAUUUUUUUAAAUCGCAUUAUAAUCCUGCCCUCUUGUGGACGCCGGAUGACGUUACACCCAGAAAGAGCACAGACGGCAGACAGACAGACGUCUUAUCGCUUUAUCUGUUUAGAGGUCUCCUUUUUACGUGCAGGUCCUUUGAGGUUCUCAUCAUCAUGGUCACCUAUAGGGGGUGCUACAGGAAAACCAGAA